AUUGGAACCGACUGGUUCACCUAUUCCGUUGCGUUCUAGUUCAAUUCAAUAUCCGGGAAUAAUAUGGCGAUCCGAAACUCUGAAUGACAGACAGUAAAUUUUAAAGCUGCUGAAAAAUUUAUUUAUUUGCCAAAAAUUUGCAACGCACGCGUGAAUUGAUUUUAAAGGAAGCCCAAUCGAGACUAAAAUGAAUAAUGAUGCGAAAAAUCAUGAUUGCGAUGACUUAAACUUGAAUUUAAAUAACGUGCGCUCUGCGUAUUUAAACAAAAACAAAACAAAGACAACAACAGCUGCAAAACCAACAACAACAGCAGCAGCAUCAGCAGCAACAACAACAACUAUAACAACACAAAUUAAAGCUAACGGCGCAUCUGCACAAAGAAUUGCAGCAUCAAAGAACAACAACGUCAGACAGGUGAAUUACACCGGUCCGCGGAUUGCAGCCGCCCGACACUCGAUAGCGGCUGCGCUCAUUGCGAACAACAUCAAGAACACCAAUAACAACAGCAGUAAGAAGAAGGCUGUCAAGCAUGAGCCGACUGUUGUUGCCAAGGAUCUGACAACCAAUACAGCAGCAACUGCAGUUGAGCUGAGUCAAUUGAAGCAGAAAAGCACCAGCAGCAACGCAAGUGUCAGUUUAAAAGUUAACAGCAGCAGCAGCAACAACAACAACAGCGCGUUAGCCACUGCCAAUACUAACAGUACUACCAGUUACAAUAACAACAACAACAAAAUGUCUAAAACGGUUGCCAGCAAAACAAACGCGCAAUGCGAUGCGGCUGCGGCCGCAUUCGUUACAGCUGGCACUACAACCACGCCCACAGCCACGCCCAUGCCCGCCACAACAACAACAACCACAACAAUAAGUGAAACGGCAACCAUGAACGCACCCAUUGCGGCCGCUGCAGCCGCCAAAUUUCGAGCGGCUAUCGCCUCUGCGCCCGCGCCCGCACCCACGCCAAGCAGCUCGAAAAAAACGCGAGCUGCUUACGCAGCCCUCAAGCGGCAGGUAGCCAUGCAACAGCAGCAGCAGCAAAAUGCCACGCCCUCUACUGGAGCAACAGGAUCAGGUGCCGCCCCCGCUAGCAGCACAGACUCUGCGCAUUUAAAAUUCGCAGCAACAACUCUGCUAAUGGGCGCCGCUGCCGCUGCUGCCGAUAGCAACGCUGGCGCUGCUGUUGGCCUCGGUCUGCCGCCGCAAACGAGCAGCUCGGCGGCAACAGCUGUCGCUGUGCUUAAGCAAAAGCUGAAGGAUGUGGGUGCAAUUUCAAACGCGGCUGCCGCCGCAGCAGCCGCUGCGAAUCGUUCAGCCGCCGCCUCAUCAUCAACAUCAUCCAACUCCUCGCCACUGUCAUCGUCGGUGGGCAUUGUGAAUGCCAUUUCAUCAGCAUUGCAGAAUAUCAUAACAACGGAUACAGAUACGGAUACUGAGUUCUAUCCGCAGCCCGUCACCACAGAUCUAUCUGAAUCUGAGGAGGAGUCUGUCUCCGAGAUCCUAUUGGCAUUCUUGUGUUUAAGGCCAGAUCUCCUGGAUGAUAUACCCGAGUCUGAUCGCGAUAGCUGUCCGCAUGAGGAAGGCGAAGUGCGUGACGAUGAUGACGAGACGGAAGAGGAAUCCGAAGAUUCCGAUGAAUCUGAGGGUGAUGACGAGGAAGAAGAUGAAGAGAUUGACGUACUGCAAGAUAACGAUGCUGAUGAUGAGGACAUCGACGAUGAGGAUGAUGAUGAAGAUGCGCCAGAGGUUAAGAACUUUAUGCUUGAGCCCAACAACAAGCGUUCAAGUAAUCUCACGGCCCUACUGGAGGCAGCCGCAAACGAAAAGGCACCCGUACUCCGCCACGCCACCCACGCGAUCGAUGAGACGAAGCAGGCGCUAACCAAAAUGCGUUGUGCGAACAGUCCGCGCGACAAAAAUAGUGGUUUCUCGCGCAGCCUUGCCAACGCCUGCGCGGACAAUGAUGUCAAUACGGUGAAGCGUUUACUUUGCAAAGGCAAUUUAAACGAAGCAGCAGCCUCCACGGACGAGGGCGAGUCGUUAUUGUCGAUGGCUUGUUCCGCGGGCUACUAUGAGCUGGCACAGGUUUUGCUGGCUAUGUCAGCAGCUCAAGUCGAGGACAAAGGACAAAAAGACUCGACACCACUAAUGGAAGCUGCUUCAGCCGGACACUUGGACAUUGUAAAACUGCUGCUUAGCCACAACGCCGAUGUAAAUGCGCAUUGUACAACUGGAAAUACACCUCUAAUGUUUGCCUGCGCUGGGGGUCAGGUGGAUGUUGUGAAAGUGCUGCUAAAGCAUGGAGCUAACGUUGAGGAGCAGAACGAGAACGGACAUACACCGCUAAUGGAGGCUGCCUCCGCUGGCCACGUGGAAGUAGCCAAGGUGCUGCUUGAACAUGGCGCCGGCAUCAACACCCACUCGAAUGAGUUUAAGGAGAGCGCACUAACAUUAGCCUGCUAUAAGGGUCAUUUGGAUAUGGUGCGUUUUCUCCUACAAGCGGGCGCUGAUCAGGAGCAUAAAACUGAUGAAAUGCACACGGCCCUAAUGGAGGCUUCAAUGGACGGACACGUGGAGGUGGCACGCUUAUUAUUGGACUCUGGAGCGCAGGUUAAUAUGCCAACUGAUUCAUUUGAGUCACCGCUUACACUUGCUGCCUGUGGUGGCCAUGUGGAGCUCGCAACGCUGUUAAUCGAGCGCGGCGCCAACAUUGAGGAGGUCAACGAUGAAGGGUACACGCCCCUCAUGGAAGCAGCGCGUGAAGGCCACGAGGAAAUGGUGGCACUGCUGCUCAGCAAGGGAGCUAACAUUAAUGCCACCACUGAGGAAACCCAGGAAACUGCACUCACACUUGCCUGUUGUGGUGGCUUUAGCGAAGUGGCCGCUUUUCUCAUUAACGGAGGUGCCAAUUUAGAGCUGGGCGCUUCCACGCCCCUCAUGGAAGCCUCACAGGAAGGUCACACCGAUCUGGUGCGUUUCCUGUUGCAGAACAAGGCUAAUGUGCACGCUGAGACGCAAACUGGGGACACAGCACUAACGCAUGCCUGCGAGAAUGGGCAUACAGAUGCUGCCGGUGUGCUCUUGUCGUAUGGCGCCGAACUGGAGCACGAAUCGGAAGGUGGGCGUACACCACUGAUGAAAGCCUGUCGUGCCGGUCACCUGUGCACUGUCAAGUUCCUCAUACAAAAGGGCGCCAAUGUGAACAAGCAGACGACGAGCAAUGAUCACACUCCUCUCUCACUGGCUUGCGCCGGUGGACAUCAGUCUGUAGUUGAGCUGUUGCUCAAAAACAAUGCGGAUCCCUUUCACAAGCUCAAGGACAACAGCACAAUGCUGAUCGAGGCCUCCAAGGGUGGCCACACACGUGUUGUAGAGCUGCUCUUUCGCUAUCCGCACAUCUCACCCACAGAGCUAACUGCGGGCACAAGUGCCCAGACAGUUAAUCAAAUACGUCAGCAAAAGAUAUUGCAACAGCAGAUACAGCAUCAGCUGCAGAUGCAGCAGUUGACUGCCCCUCCCGGCCUGCACGAGGUGUCUGAGGCAGCACGCGCCAACAAUCAGCAACUGUUAUAUCAGCAGCAAUUCAGCGGCAAUUCCCCCAGCAACAUUGUGGCCCUAGGCACUGGUGAUUUUCUAGAUGCUGGUGAGCUUCAGCUAACGGCGGCUACUGCCUCGAGCGUCACUGAUGCGGCAGCCACAGAGGAGUAUGUCUCUGCUGUGGGUGGUGCCGGUGGCGGUGGUAUUGACCUCACCACGCUGAGCGCACAACAGCAGGAGGGCCUUAUUGCCAAAUCGCGCCUAUUUCAUUUGCAGCCCGGAUUUGAGCAACAGCAACAAACGACACUGCCACCAACUGGUGCUCAGCUGGUGCCCUGCAAGCACUUUGAUCUGGACAUGGAGCACAUUAACUCGCUAACGCCGCCACAAAAGGCACCACCAGCGCCACCUGUUCUCUUGCACACUGUUUGCCAGCAACCUGUUCUACAGCAACAACAACAGCAUCAGCUGCAGCAACAGCAGCCAAAGCUCAAGGGCGUUGGUUCUCGCAAGAAUCGCCAGCUUUUAAACGAGCUGAAGACUAUUGGCUUACCGCUGGAGGCAAUUGAUUUGCCGCUGGAACAACAUUCUGAUCAAGUGCGCUCACAGCCCCUAGGCGAGGAUGACAAGCAGCAGCAACUACAUCAGCAGCAACAGCAUCAGCAGUUUGCCUGUGCUGGAGAUGAAUCGCGUUUGCAGAGGCGUCGAGGCUUUGAUGCACCCUGCGAAGCUACCGAUGGCAGCGACGCAAUUUCGGAAACCAAUCCAAAAGUUGCCGCUGCCAAUGAUAGCAAUCAAAGUACAUACACUGCUAACGAGAACAGCUCACAAACUCCGGCGCUCAAUACUAGUGGCUCUGGCGCAAUAACCCACUCAUCGGAAGUGCUGCAGAGCACGGCAAUUUGCGAUCGGCCCAAGGUGAAGGCAAGCAACAAGAAUAAUCGUAAGCAGGCGGCUGCAUUAGCAGCCCAGACAUCGGCUGCCUCAACACCAGCGGGACAGCAGGGGCAGGUGUUGCCUCUGCAGCAGAAUCAAAUGGUUUCCAUUUACAACAACUUGCAAUUGCAGCAGCAACAGGAGCUUCAGUUACAGCAGCAAAUGCAGCAAACGCAGCUACAAUUGCAGCAGCAUCUGCAAUUGCAUCAUCAGCAGUGCGCCGCCUCUGUUGUGGAUUACUCAAAUUCGCCGGCCUCGCCAAUGGCUUCCCCAACAGGCUGCACUGGUAACAGCUUUGGGGAUCAGCAGCAACAGCAACAGCCGCCAUUGGAAGGAGCUGGCAGUGAUGUGCUGCAGCACAAGGCUGCCAUGGAGGACUUUCGUGGCCUGCUUGAGACUGCGGUCAAUGAGUCAAGGGGUGGCCAUUCGCUGGCCCGAUUUAAUGAUAAGCUGGCCAAUGCUCCGCAGUUGAAGUUCUUUAAGGAUGGUUGGCAGAUGCACAAUUUUUUUGGCGAGCAACCUAAAUCCCCAACUGAAACGCCGCCAGAAAUGGAAGAGACGAUCAUGUCGCCAAGUAUGGAACGUGUCGAAACCCGGGCCGAAAUGAAGAAUCUGGCCACGCUCUGCUCCGCAGCAGCCAUGGCGGCUCAGGUGACAGCGGCAAAUAAGGAAAUCGACGAAAUUGCUACCGAUAUCGAGAGUGACGAGGGCGAGGCCGAUGGCGAAGAAAAUACGCUGCCACCGGAACCUAUUGAGCUGACCGACACUAUCAUAGAGGAGGAGGUAGUGGACGAUGACGACGAUGAAGAUGACCCGGAUACCCAAAGCGGUGAAAUUGAUAAACUUACCUAUGAUGAUGAUGAUGCGGAUGCGGAUGUUGACUACAUUGACGAAGACGAUGGCGGCGACGACGACGACGAAGACGACGAGUUCUUCCUGGACGUCGAUGUGGCCGUUGGCGAUCAGAGCGACGCCAACUCAAAAAAUGGUGCCGCUCUGCCUCCAAAGCAACGUAAAAUAUCAACAAGACUGGAGAAUCUAAUACUAACCAAACCCGAUGUGUUGUCUCAAUCAAUAUGCGAUUUCCGUCAGGAUUUGCCCAAUUCUGAACUGAUGCAUAUGCUGCCCAUUAAGGCGGCGGCCGCCAAUAAUGCAGCUUUAAAUAGUCUACUCCAACAGCAACUGGCAGCAGCCACUGCAGCAGCUGUGCAUGCCAAGGCUCACAGCCAACAGCACCAGGAUUCAGAGCAGUGCGAUGAUGCAGCGGCUGCAGCUGGGGAGCUGUAUGCCGGCCUAGAACACUUUGCCAGUGAUGGAGCCGAUGGAGGACAGUAUGACAUAACUGGUGAAAUGGAGGACAUAUUCCAGGAGCUGGCCAGCAAUCUGCACUAUCCAGAACUCGCCGAGUUCAGCCUUAAUCAGAUGUGCAAGGGCAGGUUCACUGGCCAUUGGUCACAAUCGUCCGGCAAAUGGAGCGGUCAGGAGCAGCUAUUGGCAGCAGCAGCUGCACAGCACUCGCAGGCGUUAUUGAGUGCAGGUGAUGCUUCAACAGACGCACAGCAGCGUCAAGCGAAUCUCGUGCUUCUGGAUUAUCCCAUGCAGUCGCAACAGUCGCUGCAACAACGCUUGCUCGAUCCCGAGGAGCUGCAGAACAUGCAGCACCAGCAGACGCCUGUUGCAUUAUUGCCAUUCUCUGCUGACAAUGCCGCCGCUGGUGUUGCCACACAGCAACAACAGCAGCAGCAGAUUCAUUCAGCACUGCCCAACACCGCCGAGUUCCAGUUGCAGCAUCAGCAGCAGCAAAUGACGUUGGAAGGGGAUCCCGAGUUGAAGCAACAGCUGCAACAACUGCACCAUUUGCAGCAGCAGCAACACUCGAAUGCGCGCAUCAUUAAAGCCGUUGCAGCGGCAACCGGCCAACAACAACAACAGCAGCCAGCUGCCAAUUUUGUAUACAACGUGGAGAGCGGCGACAAGAAUGCGCCGCCAGUGCAGUUCUUGUUCCAGUUACCACCGAACAUGGCGCAACAACCGCAGCAGCAGCAGCAGCAACAACAACAUCAGCAGCAGGCUUUGGGCGAUCAGACAUCAGAUCAACAGAGCCAUCAACAACAAUUACUGCACUGUGAACAACAGCAGCAGCAUAUGUUUCAGCAACGCGCUGAGCGACUGCUUCAGCAGCAACAGCAGCGACCAUCCACACAAAGUGAAUUGGAGCAGGUGGCGCAAGAGUUGCUGCUGCAGCAGCGGCAAUCACCCGCCGUCGGUCCUGUUGUUGGUGUUCAGGCGAUGCCCAUACCCCAGAGUCUAAAGCAGAAGCACUUUAAUUUGCAGGAGCAGCUUUUGCUGCACCCCCCGCCACAUAUGCAGGCGCCCACAUGCGUACAGCAUCAGGUGUCCACACAGACGCAUACUGGCUCCGUUGUAGUGCCUCAGCAGUUCACACAGUUUGCGCUGCAGCAGCAGCAGCAACAACAACAACAACAGCAGCAGCAACAACAGACAACCCAACAACAGCAGCAGCAAAAUGAACUAUCCAUUUGGCCAAUGUCCACUCCCAACACACCAGCAGGAACAGCGGGAACUGGCGCCACUAAAUCAAUGCCCGGCGGCAUUGCCAAGAAAGCAAUUGACAAGCAAUCUCGCAAGGAUCGACGCUGUUCCGGUUUCCGCCAAACACCAGCUGGAAGUCAAGUCAAUACCAAUCAGCAUCAGCAGCCGGUGGCAACAGCAACGGCGGUGGCGGCGGCAGCUGCAGCGGCGGCUGCUGCACAACAACAGGCACAAUUACAAAAUCAGCUGGCGGUUGCAGCCGUGGACAAAACAAUAGAGAUUGAUUCGGAAACAGAGUCAAAUCAUGAUACGGCACUGACGCUAGCCUGCGCUGGUGGCCAUGAGGAGUUGGUGGAGCUGCUCAUCAGCCGGGGUGCAAAUAUCGAGCAUCGUGACAAAAAGGGAUUCACGCCUCUGAUACUGGCAGCCACAGCGGGACAUGAAAAGGUUGUAGAGAUUCUGCUCAAGCAUAAUGCUGAGCUAGAGGCGCAAUCGGAACGCACCAAGGACACCCCAUUAUCGCUGGCCUGCUCUGGCGGUCGCUAUGAAGUGGUCGAGCUACUGCUCGGCGUCGGUGCCAAUAAAGAGCAUCGCAAUGUGUCCGACUACACGCCACUCAGUUUGGCCGCCAGUGGUGGCUAUGUGAACAUCAUCAAACUGCUGCUCAACCAUGGCGCCGAGAUCAAUUCUCGUACUGGUAGCAAACUGGGAAUUUCGCCAUUAAUGUUGGCUGCCAUGAAUGGGCAUACGGCCGCGGUUAAACUGCUGCUGGAUCAGGGAUCUGAUAUAAACGCACAGAUUGAGACAAAUCGCAAUACGGCACUGACGCUCGCCUGCUUCCAGGGACGUCAUGAGGUGGUAAGUUUACUGCUUGAUCGACGGGCCAAUGUCGAGCAUCGCGCCAAAACCGGCUUGACACCGCUGAUGGAGGCCGCAUCUGGCGGCUAUAUUGAAGUGGGUCGUGUACUGCUUGACAAGGGUGCCGAUGUAAACGCAGCGCCUGUGCCUACGUCGAGGGAUACAGCACUCACUAUUGCCGCCGACAAGGGUCACCAAAAGUUCGUAGAACUGCUUUUGUCGCGCGGCGCAAGCGUUGAGGUGAAGAACAAAAAGGGUAAUUCACCUCUUUGGCUGGCGGCACACGGUGGUCAUUUGAGCGUCGUGGAACUGCUGUACAAUCACAAUGCAGACAUUGAUUCACAGGAUAAUCGACGCGUCUCCUGCCUGAUGGCCGCUUAUCGCAAGGGCCACACCAAAAUUGUGAAAUGGAUGGUACAGUAUGUGUCCCAGUUUCCCUCGGACCAGGAAAUGAUUCGUUUCAUUGGAACUAUUAGCGAUAAAGAGCUGACUGACAAGUGCUACGACUGUAUGAAAAUCUUGCGGUCCGCCAAGGAAGCACAGGCGGUCAAGGCCAAUAAGAAUGCCUCCAUAUUGCUAGAAGAGCUCGAUUUGGAGCGAACGCGCGAAGAAAGUCGAAAAGCGGCCGCAGCUCGUCGUCGCGAGCGCAAAAAGAAGAAAAAAAUGGAAAAGAAAGAGGAGAAGCGACGCCAGCAACAGGUAAGCAAUGGAUCCAACGGUGGCGAUGAUGAUCAGCAAGGCGACGACGACGAUGCUAGCGACAAUGACAAGGACGAUGACACUGACAAGGAGGACGACGAUGAGGAAACGCCGCCUGCACGCGAAGAAGGCGAUUCAGGCAUUGAUCAAGGCUCCUGCUCCAGCGGCGAUACAAAAGCGACGCGCCUUAUCACCAACCAGCCGGACAAUGUCAAUGCCAAUGGCAGCGGCAAUCCCUCGGCCAAAAAGACUAAAAAGCAACAACAGCUACAGCAGCAGAAAACUAAAACGCAGCAGCAGAUUCUACCCGGCAGCGAAGCAGUCUGCACAUUACCAGCUGUUGCUCCAGUGGUGUCCACGCCCAAUGGGAAGAGUGCCGUUGUGGUCAAAAAACUGCCAGCCACUGAGAGCGUUAAACUGCCGUCCAGCAGCAGUCAACAAUCGGUUGGUCAGCAACUGAAGCGUCAGGCUGAUGCCAAAAAGGAGGAACCACUAGCGGCAACAACAGCUGCAACAACUACACCCACUGCCAACAGCAGCAAGAAAACAGCUAAGGAAACAACCAGCAACAAGCGCGAAAAGGAAAAUCUGGCACCCAAGGAGUCCAUGCCAGUGCCAAAGCCACAAACUCCUGGUUCGGCCAGCAAAUUGCAGCCGGUUAGCAACGAUUCCGCCAGCAACAUUGCAUCGCGCAAGGAUGUCGUAAAAUCCAGCAGCUCAACGGCUGGCCCUGCGCAGGCCAAGCGUAGCGAAGUGGACGGCUGGAAGGAAGUGGUGCGCAAGAGUAGCGCCCAGCAGACGACAAUUGUAAGCUCGUCGGCUGGUGGCAUUCCCUCAAUUGGCGCUGGCGGCGCUGGCAGCACAAAUGUAACGCCCAACAACUCAACGACCAGUGUGAAUAGCGGCGGUGCUGGGCAACAUCAUCAUUCGGUGAGCAGUUCCAGUUCAAGCUCGCUGGCCACCUCCGCACCAGAAAUGACAUGCAAGAAGGUGCAGGUGCCGGUGAAUGCCAUAUCACGUGUGAUCGGACGCGCCGGCAGCAACAUCAAUGCUAUUCGUGCCACCACUGGCGCCCACAUUGAGGUGGAAAAACAGGGCAAGAAUCAAUCGGAGCGCAGCAUUACCAUUAAGGGUCUUACCGAUGCCACAAAGCAGGCUCACAUGCUCAUUCUAUCGCUUAUCAAGGAUCCCGAUGUGGACAUAUUGCAAAUGUUGCCACGCAUCAACAGUAGCAUUAAAGCGGGCGCCACAAGUGCAGCCUCCGGUGGAGCCGGUAGUAGCUCUGCGCAAAUGACUGUCGGCACCUGGGAUAAUCGUACGGCUGCCCUGGGUGUAUCGGGCACAACGGCUGUGGGUAAUUACUCCUCGGCUGCAUCUACGACAUCCACAUCGUCGAGCUCCUCGGCCAGCUCAACGCCGGCCGUGGCAUAUAGUAAUGCGCAAGUCCACAAUGCCAAACAACAGGCAUCCGCUAGCGGCGCCAAAGCACAAAGCGGACGGGGUGGUGCCUCCAAGUCGAAUGCUGCCGGCGGAAAAGCUUCAAGUUCGUCGCGUGGUCAGAGCAGUCGAGCAUAUAGUAGCUCGCAGCAGCAGUCGGCACGUGGCGGCACUUCCUCAUCCUCUUCUGCGAACGGUGUGGUCUCCACUCUAGCAUCGAAAACUAAACCGGAAAACUCAAGCACGGUCAAGUCGUCAGCCACGUUUACCAAUCAAAAGGGCUCCGCAGCAGUACAGGGCAAAUCUUCUCAGAGCUUUGGGAUGAAGGUAGCGCCAACUGCGGCACAAUCGCCCAAAAAGCUGGAUACACUUGGCGGCGUUGGUGCCAUCGGUGGACGCAACAGUGGCGGUGUAGUUGUUGCGCCCUUUGGGCGUGGCAAACCUGUGGGUGGCGCAAUUGCAUCCGUUUCGCAACUGGGCAACAGUAACAACAACACAUUGGCUGGACCAAUUGGUACUUUCAACGUGGCAGAUGUAGCCGCAGUGAAUGCAGCAGCAGCAGCGGCCGCUGCUGCCAGCGCAAACAACAGCAGCAACAACAAUAACAAUACCAAUAGUAACAAUAACAGUAACAAUAUCGGCAGCAACAACAACAACACUAGUGCUAGCAACACUAAUGCCAAGCCACGCGCAGUUACGCCCAUUGCGCCGCCUGGCAAACGUAUUACCUCGCCCGUACCACAAACUCAGCAGCAGCAGCAACAACAACAACAACAACAACAACAACACCAACAACUUCCGCAGCAGCAGCAACAGCCACCACAAAUGCAAUCCCAAACAAAUAACAGUCAACCUCAAAAUUUGGUUAUUAAUACAAACAUAUUGAACGAUCUUAUGGCGGCUGAUAGCUUUAGUGCCCAACUGGCCGCCAAGCUGUCCAGCGCAUACUCCCUGUUCAGCGACUAUCAGCAGUCGCAGUGGGGCAAACUGGCCGUCGAUGGGAAUGCAGCUGCUGGCAGCACAGGCACUGGCAAUGCUGGUGGCUGUGGUCUUAAUGCCAUGGUUGGCGAUGUGCUGCCACAGGCUGACGCCUCCAAGGCGCCGGGCUAUAAUCGCAACAUACUCAGCUCGCCGGUGGGCAGCUCAAAGGCCUCCUCGAAUCAUUCGACAUCGCCGCCAGUGGGCAACACAGCGAUGCCCAUGCAACAGCAGUCACAACAGCAGCCUCAGAACAGCCAGCAGAGCGUGCAGCAAGCACUCAACAUAAUUACCAGUGGUGCUGGCGGCAGCGCGACAGCUGCAAGAUCACCGCUGGUAGGAGAGGCGGGAGCAGGCGGCAAUGGUGUCGCAGCAUCUGGAGUGGUGUCUGUCAAUGGCACGCAGGGUCAUGGCGAUGGGAACAGUGCGGCAUCUGCCCACUCGCCCGGCGUCAUUAAGCCGCCGACAGCACCAAUACAGAGGCCUACGCUUCCUAUGCAAAUGACCGCACCGGAGUCGACAACUGGUAGCAAUCUUGGAUCGGCAGCUGCUGCUGCUGCAGCAGCAAUAACGGCCAAUACUGCUAUGAUUGAUCGCCAGGUGCAGGAUUUGCAGCGUCUGCAGCGUCUUUAUGAUAAAGUUGGCACUCCCCAGCAGCUGCUUAACUAUCCCAUGGAGUCCUCGACGCCCUAUAUGGUAGAUGGAAUGAUGCGAGCAAAUCCUCGACCCUCAGUUUUUGCGCUUGGCAACAAUAAGGCGCAGCAGCAGCCACCAACUGGCAGCAAUCAGGCACAGGCCGCACAACAGUCAAAUAUGUUUGGCAAUCAGGCUCGACAAGCGCCUGGUGUACGUCAACAGCCAGUGGGCGGAGCAGCUGCUGUAGCACAGCAGCGCUGGUAUGGCGGUGCUUUGGAGUAUCCUGCUUAUAGCGGACGCGACAUGCUACAUCUAGAAAAUGGCGGUGCCUUGGCGGGAUUGAGCUCACCAUCUGCCAUGUCACCCAAUCAUGAUGACAUACGCAAGAUGCCGCGGCCCAUUGGCACUGAGCGUGCUGCUGCAUCAUGGAAGUAUAACAACUAUAAUGUGGCCGCAACAGCACUCGGCAUGGAUGAUUCGCUGGUAAACGUUCACGUGCCGUGGGCUCAUGAGCCCAAGGCGCAGCCUCCAGGUCUACAACAACAACAACAACAACAACAACAACAACAGCAGCAGCAGCAGCAGCAGCAGCAACAACAACAACAGCAGCCACCCAAUUGGCUAAAACAGCACUACAGGCCCUACAACAAUGGACCCUAUCCGCAACAGCACGAGCCAAUGAAUAUGCCCAUGGAUUUUCACAAUAUGCAGCAGCAGCAACCGCCCCCGCCACCUCCACAGCAGCAGCAGCACCAGCAGCAUGUUAAUCUGAUGCCUCCCUCGUAUGGCUUUCAACACUUUGUGGGCGCGCACGGCGCAGCCGAUGUGUCGUCGCAUUUGCCCGAUAAGGUGGAGGUCUGGGAACACCAUGACAAGCACCAGCCAUGGGCUAAUUAUACCUCAAACUGGUCAAAUUGAUGCGCGAGCGUACAGCAAGCAGCAGCCAAUGAAUGGACAUCAGGCUGGCAUGCUGCAACAGAUUAGAUCAGGUGAUGUUGCAUCUGUAUCUGAUCCAAUCUUAUCGGAUUAGACAAAAACAAGGAAAAGUCGUUGCCAAUAUAGAUGAAAGGAGUGCACAGCAAUACAAUAACCGGGCAAAGUCGUCAUAGAAAUGAAAUGCCAAUUGAUUCGAUUGUUUUUCAACAUUUUCUAUGCGGCUGCACGCACACCUCACACACUUUCAGACACAAAUACACACGUACAGUUACACAACAAUAAAACACACACACACCCUCCCCCACCCACAUCAUACACACAAAUCAAUCGACUGACUCUCGAAUGCAGUGAAGCAAAGAACCUUGGCCUUGUUCAUUAUUCGUUCACAAUUUAAGUUUUCUUUACCUUGGGCAACUAUUUAAAUUCACAGGUAAUUUGAAAUUUGGCAAAAAAUCUUCCGAUUAGAACAGCAACAAGCCCCCACCCCUCCUUCCCACACACACACAAACACACACACACACACACACACACACAUAAAUACACACACACAUACAUACACACACACAUACAUACACACACACAUAUAUACACACACACACCAAGAACUGCACAACACACUUGUAUACUUGAAUAAAUACAUACACACACACUCGAAGACAGAAAUCAUGGAAAAAUUAUAUAUUAUUUAUUUUAAAUGUAAUUUGAAUAAUUUGAUAUUCCUUGAAGUAAACAAAUGUAUAAGCUAUUA